GAUGGCGUUGACACAGGAAGCGUCGAUACAGACGAAUGUUCGCCAGUCGCAAAACUGCCGCGGAGGAGGGAUGUCGCGCUCCGAGCCGACUGCGCCGCGAUGUGUCAGUUAGUGAGUGUUGUUCGAGUUUGAGGUUAUGGCUGGUUGCUGUUACGUUUGAGAUACGAGUGUACUCAAGUCUCGAUAAAGCAGAGCAUCAAAGAUUAAAUCCGUCUGUAAUCGAAGUGAGAAAGAUUAAUCGAAAAUGGAGCGUCGCAUUGCCGGAAUUAUGUACAUCUUGAUCACUUUUGCGCUGGUUAACGAGAUGUCAAUUAAUGUCCAGGCGAGGGACAAUAAUAAGAGGCGAGCCAAGGAAAAGAAUGGCGGCUUUCAGAAAAAUAUCUGCGAUAUUACUGACAGAGAUUCCAAAGUGCAUUGCUACUGUGAAAAUAAUAGGGAGCUCAGAAAUGCGACGAAGGCCGAAUGCUGGGUUUUCAACGGUGGCAUACCGCGGGACGAUCUCAUCUGGCAGAGUUUCGCGUCGCAACCGACGCUCCAAACUUUGUCUUUUAAUGUCCGAGUCGAUGGCGCAUUAGGCUACGUGCCCACCAAAGCGCUCCACUAUCUACAAAAGCUACGUUCUAUUAACAUUAAAUACGGGAACAUUGUUGAAAUAACAUCCUUCGCUUUCGCCAACUUAACCAAUCUAAAAGAAGUCACACUGUCUACUAACCAGAUUGAAACGAUCCAACAAUACGCAUUCGCUCAUCUGCCUAAUAUUACUACUAUUAACCUCGAAGAUAACAUGAUUAUUGAAAUUGGUACGGAUUGCUUGUUUGAUCUGCCCAAGCUACAGAAACUCGUUCUAACCAAAAACAACAUAUCAUCUAUAAAAGAUGGAGCCUUCCAGCGCACGUUUAACCUACUGGAAUUGGACUUGAACAAAAACAACAUAUUCCAUUUGAACCGUCACACGUUUGAUGGAUUGGCGAACUUGAGGAAAUUGGAUCUGCGAAGGAACCGCAUUUACAAUCUCACUGAAUUCACGUUCGCCGAGCUGUGGAACCUGCACGAGUUGCUCUUAGGCAAGAACGAUUUGAAGUUUAUUUCUGAAAGGGCAUUCGAUGGGCUGUCUCAACUCGAUAAGCUGUCCCUUGAUGAUAAUAAACUGGUUGCGCUCCCCUCGGGAUGGCUGGAAGGGGCCCGUGGCUUGAGCUCACUGGAUCUUCGCUCGAACGAACUAUACGCAUUAACUUUCGAAAACAUCAGACCCAUAUUCGACAACUUGAAGCCGCAAAACAGCAAUUUGCUCCUUGAAGAAAACAACUUUGUAUGCGACUGCCGGCUUAAAUGGAUGCACUCUCUCCGCAACGAGACAAAAAGCCAAAACACCAAAGCGUCGCUCGACGGAAUCACUUGCAAAAUGGACUCGCCCGUGGUCAGCUCGGCUUACAACAAAAUUCCGGACCCUAUGGAUAACAAACUAGAUUACAACCAAGACAUUCUACACGCUGGGCUUACCAUUGAAACUGCGCUCUCCAAACCUAAUUUGACAGAUGUAGAUGAGGUUCAAAGCAAUGAUAUAUCUGCAAAUAAAAAGGGCGUUAAAAGAAACGUCCUCAAAAUCCCACCUGACACUCUGCCGUGUCCUAGAGAAACUAAAAAGACUACUGAAAUGCCUCAACUCAUGAUCGACCCAGUCAUUCCAAUACAAAAUGAAAUGAAAACAUACAGAUUUCAUGACAUAAAUUCAGCUUCAGCAUUUUCUGUGAACAAUUUAAUUCUAUGGAGUUCGGUAUUGUCUUUUUUCUUCACUUAAAUGUCGUCAAUUUCGUGAUCUAGUCAUUAAUAUAAGCGAAAUACAGACUUACUUUUUGUGUAACAAAAUUUGGUAAAAUUUAUUUUAAAUUGUACCAAUUCGGUAGUAAGUGAUAAUCACUAAACGAUGCUUAAGAGGAUACACUGCGGCCCCUUUCCAUAUAAAUGUAGUUCUCAUUGUCCUGUCUGGAUGUUGACAUUAUAGAAAAUGUUUUAACAUAAUAUGUUGAUGUCUUGUAUAUUCACCAUAGCUAUGUCCCUAUGUUUGACUUUUUUCGAUUUUUUAAUUUGUGUAAAAAAUAGGAGAAAAAAAAACAGAUUUCAUACAAAAUUUAAUAUGCUCCUAACUCUUAUGUUAAAAAUUCGAAAUAAAUAAAAAAACAAACAUAGGGACAUAGCUGGUUGAUAUACAACAAACUGUAUGAAAAUAUUUUUAAUAAUGUUAAUAUCCAGAGGAAAAUGAAAACUACGUCCUUAUGAAAAACCGAUUUCGCGCGGCCGCGGUGUAUCCUUUUGUUUCGUCACAAAACUGAAAAUAAAGACGUCAUUUAAAAUACAUCUUAGGUAAACAGUGCAAUUUAAAAUAAGUGGCCGUUAAAUUUAGUUUAAGUGCACAUAAAUAUAAUACAAUUAUAUGCAAACAAUAAUGUGAAUAUACCUACUCAUACUUACCGUUGAAAAUUGAUGUUGUAAAAUAAAAUAAGUAUUAUUAGGCGUAAAUAAGAUACCUAAGGUUAAAUCGUUUUAAUUAGCACAUAAUAAUUUUUAAGUCCAAAGUGAAAGUAAACAACACUGCAUUGCAGCCAUUAAUAUAAGAAAAUCAUAGUAAUUACAUUCAUUCUAGUCAUAAUUAUAAAAAAAACUGAAUGUCAUAUUUAAAGAUAUGCAAUAGGUAAAAAACCGUACUCAGCAUAACUAUAAAUUAUAGUAUUGUAGAGAGAACUGAUUAUAAAAUGUAUCUAAAAAUUCAAGUGUGGAAUAUGCAUAAUAUAUACAGACGCAUCACAAGAUACGACAGUUCAUGAUCAUUGUAAAAUUUAGACACCACUGAGAUUUACAAAGGUACACAAUUAUGUUCGUAAAGUAAUAUCCACAAUAGAUAGGUACAAUCGGGGACAUUCCCGUUGAACCACCUUAAGGGCAAAAAAACGUCUUAAACGUCUUGCAGACGGUCAGGCGAUAUCAUAAAAGUGAUAACCAUUAAUGUCAAAAAAUGAGGGUGUUGAAGAAAAAGGUUGGCUCAGGUAAAGUUUAUUGUCGUCCAAUUGUUUUUGUGACGGUCGGCAUUUGCAAACUAAGAAAAGGAAUCCAAAAUGCAUCCUAAUUGGUUAUCUUUAUGGGGAGGCGAAGCUUAGCCUAAACAAAAACUAAUAAACUUUACUCUCCUUACUACCUAUUGUUUGUCUCAUUACCUGUUUUUACCAUUUUCAUUAUUAACAAAGAAUCCUAAAUGCAUCGUAUAGGUAAAAUUUUCUCUACUGAGCUCGUUCACUUACCUGUACUAACAAUGGCAUUCUGUUAAACAAAAGCCAUUAUUUCUUUUGAUUGUUUUGUGCCCAUUGUGCCUGAGCGCGUGGCCAUUGUGUGUGAGCCUCAGGCACAAAGGCCACGCGCUCGCACAAAUGAAAUAAUGGCUUUUAUCUAACAGAAUGUCAUUGUUAGUACAGGUAAGUGAACGAGCUCAGUAGAGAAAAUUUUACCUAUAAUUAGUUAUGUCUAUGAGAGGCGGAGUUUAGCUCGCUCGUAAGGAUCGAGGUAAAAAUUUUCUGAAGUGAUUCACCGGGAAUGUCCCCGAUUGUACAAGUAAGAUGACAUUUUAGUACACGUUACAUCACAUUAUAAUAUAAUGAUAAUGAAUAUCAUUUAUUUCAUGUACAUUUGGGCCAUUCUACUUGCAGUGCCAUUAUAAUAGUAUUGUAUUCACAUUUUAAGUAAAUUAUAACCGAACCAGAACCGCGUAUAAGUGAGUGGAAAAUUGAAUAAUUAAUUGUAAAAAAUUGUACUGCAAUAUGAUAUUGUAAUGGCAAUUAGUAUGACAAAGUUGGAGACUAGUUAAGCAUGACUGAACAUGGAGACUGGAUGAGCAAAGUAUUAUAAAAUUAUAAAUAUUCAAUACAAGUGUAACGUGUUAAGAAAUAUUUAAAUGCUGAAUUAAAGAAACCGUUCGUUUUCUGUUUUUAAAUGCAGAGAAAAGUAGAAUGGCCCUUACUUUUUUGGUUUAACUAGCACCUUUAAGUUUAAGCCCCCUUGUCUUUCAUUUACUUAGUUGAAUACAGAAAGCACUGCGUUUAGGUUAUUUACCUCGACAUACAAUUUUAAGCCUUGCCGCCAUGUAUAAAUCUUUUUAGGGUUCCGUGUUCCGUACCCAAAGGGUAAAAAAGGGAUUCUAUUACUAAGACUCCACUUUUCGUCUGUCUGUGCGUCUGUCUGUCACCAGGCUGUAUCUCAUGAACCGUGAUAGCUAGACAGUUAAAAUUUUCACAGAUGAUGUAUUUCUGUUGCCGCUACAACAGCAAAUACUAAAAAGUACGAAACCCUCGGUGGGCGAAUUCGACUCGUAAUUGUCCGGUUUUUUUACUACCUUGCCAGUGUUCAGUUAAUCCUUUUCGCCUUUGUACACAUAAUAAAUUUUAUUCCUCUCUAGUAUGUUAUAUAUAGUACUUGAUUUGUGCAAUAAAGUAUUUUACUGCUACUACUAUAAUUAUUGACUAUAGUUUUUACAUACUUUUAAUGGAUAAAAGUGAAAAAUGUUACAUAUUAUUAUUUAUGACUUUGACGAUACAAAGGUACUUAUAUUGUAAACUUUUAAUUAUGCGUCAACUAAGGCCAGGCCACUUAUUAAAUCUAUGCCCAAACUGCUUCAAUAUAUUCACGGUCUCAGUUUACUUAUUCUGGAGAACUAUCUAGUAUGAAACUUGCAUGUAGGUGUCAAGUUUUAGGCCAAAUUUCUAGUAAGGAAAUAAGGGUACAGUCGACAAAGUUUUGACUAAGUCAAAGGAAAAAUUGUGGAAUCCAAGCCGGGUUCCUAUCAUGCCUAAACCUAGAAUCUCACCGCAUCCCGAAACAAAUCAUAUCUAUACAAUCCACUCUAAAUAUCUAUCAUUGUUUGCAUCAUUACACCGCCAAUACUUCAUUAUACAAUCAUUAUUCUUAACAUUGUAAAAAGUAUUUUGACAUGGCGUUUUUGUAUGAAUAAAAUAAAGGAUGUAAAGUUUUGUAA